UUACCCGUGUUCUUUUUAAAUCGUGAAAUCUGCACAUUGUUGUUCGCUUUGAGGUAAACGAAGACGAGAGACGGCCGAUUUUCCUGGUGCAAGCGUUAUUCUGAAGCAGCUGAAGGAGAAGAACGCUCCGCGCAAGCGGGUCGGUUUACUGUGUGGAAGUCACAGACCUGUCAGGACUUCAUGCGAGAUUUAUGAUCAAAAAGGCAUGAAAAUUGGCUCCGUAACUAGCGGCAUGCCAUCACCGUCGCUGAAGACGAACAUCGCCAUGGGUUAUGUAUCAAAGGCGUUCUCAAAGGUCGGCACCAAGGUGUUGGUCGAUCCAUCGAAGAAACGACAAUUUUUUGAAGCGCAAGUGUUCAAAAUGCCGUUCGUGCCUACAAACUAUUAUAUCAACUGA